CAGUUUAGAAACAAAACAUCAUCAUCAAAGAAAAAGAGCGAUAAAAUUAGUCAAAGCAAAGGCUAAAAUGAUCCCGGAGCUUACAUUACCCGCCGGCUACGCUUCUUCAGCAGCUGAUCGCAGACUAAAUGCUCUGUUGAGACACCUCUCAUCAUCAGCCAUGGACACUCAUAAUUCAGUUUCUCCUUCACCGACUUCUUCCUUUCAGUACGACUCCGUUUUCUCCCAUGUUGUUCAAGCCCCUGAAGAUCCCAUUCUCGGCGUGACGGUUGCAUAUAACAAAGAUCCGAGUCCAGUUAAGUUGAAUCUAGGCGUGGGAGCUUAUCGGACAGAGGAAGGAAAGCCUCUUGUUUUGAGUGUUGUGAGAAAAGCAGAACACCAGCUUGUUAAUGAUAGAGCGCGUAUUAAAGAAUACCUUCCAAUUAUUGGAUUGGCUGAAUUCAACAAAUUGAGUGCUAAGCUCAUUUUUGGUGCAGAUAGCCCUGCUAUUCAAGAGAACCGUGUUACUACAGUUCAGUGCUUGUCUGGAACUGGUUCAUUGAGGGUUGGAGCUGAAUUUUUGGCUAAACAUUAUCAUCAAUGCACAAUAUACAUUCCCCAGCCAACAUGGGGAAAUCACCCAAAAGUCUUUACUCUGGCAGGAUUAUCUGUGAAAACCUACCGUUAUUAUGAUCCUGCGACACGUGGGCUGAACUUCCAAGGCCUGCUGGAAGAUCUUGGUUCUGCCCCAGCUGGUGCCAUUGUGCUCCUUCAUGCUUGCGCUCAUAAUCCCACUGGUGUUGAUCCCACCCUUCAGCAGUGGGAGCAGAUCAGGCAUUUGAUUAGAUCAAAGAAGUUGCUACCUUUCUUUGAUAGUGCUUAUCAGGGUUUUGCAAGUGGAAGUCUGGAUGGAGAUGCACAAUCGGUUCGUUUGUUUGUUGCUGAUGGUGGUGAAUGCCUUGUGGCGCAAAGUUAUGCCAAGAACAUGGGGCUCUAUGGGGAGCGUGUCGGCGCCCUAAGCAUUGUCUGCAAAACAGCUGAUGUGGCAGGCAAGGUUGAAAGCCAGCUGAAGCUUGUGAUCAGGCCUAUGUAUUCAAACCCACCCAUUCAUGGUGCAUCUAUUGUUGCUGCCAUCCUGAGGGACAGGAACCUGUACAAUGAAUGGACUAUUGAGUUAAAGGCAAUGGCUGACCGUAUCAUCAGCAUGCGACACCAACUUUAUGAUGCUUUACGUGCUAGGGGUACUCCUGGUGAUUGGAGUCACAUUAUUAAGCAGAUUGGAAUGUUUACUUUCACUGGACUGAACUCCAAGCAAGUCGCAUUUAUGACAAAAGAGUACCAUAUUUAUAUGACAUCUGAUGGGAGGAUAAGCAUGGCUGGCCUGAGUUCCAGGACAGUUCCACAUCUUGCAGAUGCUAUUCAUGCGGCUGUAACUCAAGUUGUUUAAACCCAUUUGGUUUCUGUUUUGUUGUAAUAAUUUUCACCUCCAAAAAUAAGAGGCACAAUGAAAUGCUCAAGUGGGCAAGUCAAUAGAACAUGUUAUAUCGAAGGAAUUUUGGAUCAUGUUUCUUUCACAGCAUAAAUUAUUGGAAACAAAAAAAAACAGAGAUAAUAAUUGUGAA